UUCUUUUUUUCCAUACAGAUGAGGAGCUGAGUCAGGCAAGGGCGGAAUGACGCUCAUUGAUUCCAAAGCAUCUUUAAUCUGCCAGGCAGAGAGGCCUUUGCUGCUGGUCUUUCUUGGACCAUUCCAGAGAGGACAACUGGUGUCUGAGAAGUGAAAAAGCAGGAUGCCCCCUGGGGUUGAUUGCCCCAUGGAAUUCUGGACCAAGGAAGAGAAUCAGAACGUGGCCGUUGACUUCUUGCUGCCGACAGGGGUCUAUCUGAACUUCCCUGUGGCUCGAAAUGCCAACCUCAGCACCAUCAAGAAGGUGUUGUGGCACCGAGCCCAGUAUGAGCCGCUCUUCCACAUGCUCAGUGACCCCGAGGCCUACGUGUUCACCUGUGUCAACCAGACCGCAGAGCAGCAGGAGCUGGAGGACGAGCAGCGGCGGCUGUGUGACAUCCAGCCCUUCCUCCCGGUCCUGCGCCUGGUGGCCCGCGAGGGCGACAGGGUGAAGAAGCUCAUCAACUCACAGAUCAGCCUCCUCAUCGGCAAAGGCCUCCACGAGUUUGACUCCUUGCGCGACCCAGAAGUGAAUGACUUUCGCUCCAAGAUGCGCCAGUUCUGUGAGGAGGCAGCCGCCUGCCGGCAGCAGCUGAGCUGGGAGGCCUGGCUACAAUACAGCUUUCCCCUGCAGCUGGAGCCCUCAGCGGGGAGCUGGGGGGCCGGCACCCUACGGGUCCCCAACCGGGGCCUCCUGGUCAAUGUCAAGUUCGAGGGCAGUGAGGAGAGCUUCACCUUCCAGGUGUCCACCAAGGAGGUGCCCCUAGCACUGAUGGCCUACGCCCUCCGGAAGAAGGCCACGGUGUUCCGGCAGCCCCUGGUGGAGCAGCCUGAGGACUACACGCUGCAGGUGAACGGGAAGCUCGAGUACCUGUAUGGCAGCUACCCCCUCUGCCAGUUCCAGUAUAUCUGCAGCUGCCUGCACAGUGGGCUGACCCCUCAUCUGACCAUGGUGCACCACUCCUCCAUCCUCGCCAUGCGAGACGAACAGAGCAACCCUGCCCCCCAAGUCCAAAAACCACGCACCAAGCCGCCCCCCAUUCCCAUGAAGAAGCCCUCCUCUGUGUCCCUGUGGUCCCUGGAGCAGCCCUUCUACAUCCAGCUGAUCCAGGGCAGCAAAGUGAAUGCCGACGAGCGGAUGAAGCUGGUGGUACAGGCUGGGCUUUUCCAUGGCAACGAGACACUGUGCAAGACGGUGUCCAGCUCGGAGGUGAGCGUGUGCUCGGAGCCUGUGUGGAAGCAGCGGCUGGAGUUUGACAUCAACGUCUGCGACCUGCCACGCAUGGCCCGUCUCUGCUUUGCACUUUACGCCGUGAUUGAGAAGGCCAAGAAGGCUCGCUCCACCAAGAAGAAGUCAAAGAAGGCGGACUGCCCCAUCGCCUGGGCCAACCUCAUGCUGUUUGACUACAAGGACCAGCUCAAGACUGGGGAAUGCUGCCUCUACAUGUGGCCCUCCGUCCCAGACGAGAAAGGGGAGCUGCUGAACCCCACAGGAACCGUGCGCAGUAAUCCCAACACUGAGAGCGCCGCCACCCUGGUCAUCUGCCUCCCCGAGGUGGCCCCCCACCCUGUGUACUACCCUGCCCUGGACAAGAUCCUGGAGCUGGGGCGGCCCGGGGAGCAUGGGCGCUUCACCGAGGAGGAGCAGCUGCAGCUGCGGGAGAUCCUGGAGCGGCGGGGGUCUGGGGAGCUGUACGAGCACGAGAAGGACCUGGUGUGGAAGAUGCGGCACGAGGUCCAGGAGCACUUCCCCGAGGCGCUGGCCCGGCUGCUGCUGGUCACCAAGUGGAACAAGCAUGAGGACGUGGCCCAGAUGCUCUACCUGCUGUGCUCCUGGCCCGAGCUGCCCGUGCUCAGCGCCCUGGAGCUGCUGGACUUCAGCUUCCCUGACCGCCACGUGGGCUCCUUCGCCAUCAAGUCCCUGCGGAAACUGACGGACGAUGAGCUUUUCCAGUACCUGCUGCAGCUGGUGCAGGUGCUCAAGUACGAGUCCUACCUCGACUGCGAGCUGACCAAAUUCCUGCUGGACCGGGCCCUGGCCAACCGCAAGAUCGGCCACUUCCUCUUCUGGCACCUCCGGUCUGAGAUGCACGUGCCGUCGGUGGCCCUGCGCUUCGGCCUCAUCAUGGAGGCCUACUGCCGGGGCAGCACCCACCACAUGAAGGUGCUGAUGAAGCAGGGGGAAGCACUGAGCAAGCUGAAGGCCCUGAACGACUUUGUCAAAGUGAGCUCCCAGAAGGCCACCAAGCCCCACACCAAGGAGCUGAUGCACCUGUGCAUGCGCCAGGAGACCUACCUGGAGGCGCUCUCUCACCUGCAGUCCCCGCUCGACCCCAGCACCCUGCUGGCUGAAGUCUGUGUGGAGCAGUGCACCUUCAUGGACUCCAAGAUGAAGCCCCUGUGGGUCAUGUACAGCAACGAGGAGGCGGGCAGCCAUGGCAGUGUGGGCAUCAUCUUUAAGAACGGGGAUGACCUCCGCCAGGACAUGCUGACUCUGCAGAUGAUCCAGCUCAUGGACGUUCUGUGGAAGCAGGAGGGGUUGGACCUGAGGAUGACCCCCUAUGGCUGCCUCUCCACUGGGGACCGCACAGGCCUCAUUGAGGUGGUGCUUCACUCGGACACCAUUGCCAACAUCCAGCUGAACAAGAGCAACAUGGCAGCCACGGCCGCCUUCAACAAGGAUGCCCUGCUCAACUGGCUCAAGUCCAAGAACCCUGGGGAGGCCCUGGAUCGAGCCAUUGAGGAGUUCACACUCUCCUGCGCUGGCUACUGUGUGGCCACGUACGUGCUGGGCAUCGGCGAUCGGCACAGCGACAACAUCAUGAUCCGCGAGAACGGACAGCUGUUCCACAUUGAUUUUGGCCACUUUCUGGGGAAUUUCAAGACCAAGUUUGGAAUCAACCGUGAGCGCGUCCCAUUCAUCCUCACCUAUGACUUUGUCCACGUGAUCCAGCAGGGGAAGACUAAUAAUAGUGAGAAAUUCGAAAGGUUUCGGAGCUACUGUGAGAGGGCCUACACCAUCCUGCGGCGCCACGGGCUGCUGUUCCUCCACCUCUUCGCCCUGAUGCGGGCGGCCGGCCUGCCUGAGCUCAGCUGCUCUAAAGACAUCCAGUAUCUCAAGGACUCUCUGGCCUUGGGAAAAACGGAGGAGGAGGCUCUGAAGCACUUCCGAGUGAAGUUUAACGAAGCCCUCCGGGAGAGCUGGAAGACCAAAGUGAACUGGCUGGCCCACAAUGUGUCCAAAGAUAACAGGCAAUAGCAGCCCCUCCCUCCCUGCGGCACACCAGCCCCUCAAGCCCUGGGCCUGGAGACGAGCAACCCAUCCGUCUUGGGAACCAGGCACCCUCAGCUGUCCUUCGGGGCCUAAAAGCCUGAACUGCACCCCAUGGGAAAGAACCUACACAGCUGCCUUUUGUUUACACUUGUUAUUUAUUUAUGACUUGAAAUGUUUCAGGAACUUAACAGCCAUAAACAGAAAUGCAUCCUUUGUGCAGGGGGCGGUGCUGUCCUCCAGCGUCCCCAAUCAGAGCCCUGGGCUUUGAUGAGAAGACACUGUGAGGUGGGCACCUCAAGGCUGCAUCUUGCUGAGGAUUGUAACCCCAAGUCUUCCAGCUGGCAAAUCUGGACCCAGCAAAGAAUCUUUUCCCCACUGGGGAGCCUGCCUUCUUCCCAGGCUGUGCGGGUCUGGUCGCCUGGCAGCUACCUGGUGCCUGCCGUGCAGACAGGGCACCCAAACCUCCUCCGUUCACCCCUCCUUCGUGCUCUCCAUUGACUGAGCUCCAGGCAGCUCCCAGAGGAAGCCUGGGUACUCUCUAGAUUCAGGGAUGCUUGCUUCCCACUUUUAGUGACUCUUGGGUACAGAAUUCUCUCAUCUCUCUGCUGUAAAGCGAUUUUGUUUGCGGGUAAGAAAAAAAGUAACCAAACUACGUACUGAACCUCUGUGGCUCGGGAGAACGGCCCGGGCCCCCGUGAAGUAGGAUAUAUGCUGGUCGGUCCUCAAGACACAUUACAAACAUUUGAGCUUGAUUUAGCUCAUCCUGGUCAUGGAUCAAAGUGAAGGCAGGUCAGAGUACUUCGUGCAAUUAUCUGUAACCUGCCUCUCAAAGCAGGUUUUAAGUAAGGAGGACCUGAUCUCCUCUUCCAGAAGUCUCUGAGAACCUGUGAAUAAUCAGGUACCAGAGUGUGAGAGUUAGGGGUAUGGUAGAAUCUUUUUCUCUGAUGGUACUUAGCUUGAAACGGUUCAGACUUAACUUUAGGUGGAUCUGAGGAGCUCUAGAAAUGCAGGUUCCUGGGCCUCUCCCAGCCUUCUGAAGCCAACUCUGGAAAUGGGGCUAGGAGUCUGGGCUUGCAGGAGCCCAGAGGUGAUCCUGAUGGAUUAGCAGCCAACCUGGACCUGCCGGGCUACAUGGCUGAUCCCUCAGAGGCCCUACAAGGCUCAGCAGAGCCAGAAGUAGCUGCCCUCUCAACAGCCAGGUGCCAACUGUUUUUUGGUUAGAGGCAGCCGAGCAGGCGCAGUCUAUAAGCAAUCAGUGCCACCCACAAAGCACCACUGACCACACUCUUUUUCCCAACUAAGUGCUGAAUUCAUGAGCCCCACCUGGCCUGUGUGGAAAUAGGAAAAGCCAAGUGUAUGUCUAUGUUGUAUGUUAUUUAUUUAAACAAGUCUGUGUGCUUCCUGAUGUGGGCAGCACACUUGGCACAUACACAGAUUUCGGGUCUAGGUGCACGGCCUGUGUGCCUGGCCAGAAUAUUUUCUUUUUUCUAAAAUCAUGUAAUGUUUCUGUAUGGGGAAGGCGAGUUCAACAUAACCUGAUGUAGGUUGAGACCAGCACUCUGUGAAACCUUGAAAUGAGAGGUAAAAGCCGAUUAAAAGAAAGAAAAGCCUUUUUAUGUUA